UUCAGCCAUGUCUGACAAAAGUGAACUGAAGGCGGAGUUGGAGCGUAAGAAGCAACGAUUAGCUCAAAUCAGAGAGGAAAAGAAAAGAAAGGAGGAAGAAAGAAAGAAAAAAGAAACUGAUCAGAAGAAAGAAGUUCUUCCUGUACAAGAAGAAUCUGAUCUUGAAAAGAAGAGAAGAGAAGCUGAAGCAUUACUUCAGAGCAUGGGGUUGACACCUGAGUCUCCUGUUGUCCCUCCUCCUACCUCUCCGUCUUCCAAAUCUGUGAGUACGCCAAGUGAGGCUGGAAGCCAGGACUCUGGUGAUGGCGCUGUUGGAUCUAGACGUGGACCUGUUAAACUUGGAAUGGCCAAAAUUACACAAGUUGACUUUCCUCCUCGAGAAAUUGUUACAUAUACAAAGGAGACGCAAACACCUGUUAUGACUCAGCCAAAGGAAGAUGAGGAAGAUGAAGAUGAUGUGGUUGCACCAAAACCGUUAGUUGAACCUGAAGAAGAAAAAACAUUAAAAAAAGAGGAAGAGGAAGAAGCUGCCCCUCAUGAACUUACAGAAGAGGAAAAACAACAAAUUUUGCAUUCUGAAGAAUUUUUAAGUUUCUUCGACCACUCCACAAGGAUUGUCGAAAGAGCCCUUUCGGAGCAAAUCAACAUUUUCUUUGACUACAGUGGAAGAGACUUAGAAGACAAAGAAGGAGAGAUUCAAGCAGGAGCAAAACUGUCCUUAAAUAGGCAGUUUUUUGAUGAACGUUGGUCAAAACAUCGUGUUGUCAGUUGUUUGGACUGGUCAUCUCAGUACCCAGAAUUACUUGUAGCCUCUUACAACAACAAUGAGGAUGCACCUCAUGAGCCUGAUGGAGUGGCCCUUGUAUGGAAUAUGAAGUACAAGAAAACUACCCCAGAGUAUGUCUUUCACUGCCAGUCAGCGGUGAUGUCAGCUACAUUUGCAAAAUUUCAUCCCAAUCUGGUGGUUGGUGGCACAUACUCAGGCCAGAUAGUGCUAUGGGAUAAUCGCAGCAAUAAGAGAACCCCAGUGCAGAGAACUCCACUUUCGGCUGCUGCUCACACGCACCCAGUGUACUGUGUAAAUGUUGUUGGGACCCAGAAUGCUCAUAAUUUGAUUAGUAUCUCAACUGACGGGAAAAUAUGCUCUUGGAGUCUGGACAUGCUUUCCCAACCGCAGGAUAGCAUGGAGCUGGUUCACAAACAGUCCAAGGCUGUGGCUGUUACUUGCAUGUCCUUCCCUGUUGGAGAUGUCAACAACUUUGUUGUAGGCAGUGAAGAAGGCUCAGUGUACACUGCAUGCCGUCAUGGCAGCAAAGCUGGAAUCAGUGAGAUGUUUGAAGGACACCAGGGACCAAUCACAGGUAUCAACUGCCAUGCAGCAGUUGGACCUGUAGACUUCUCACAUCUUUUUGUCACCUCUUCUUUUGACUGGACAGUAAAGCUUUGGACAACUAAGAAUAACAAACCUCUCUACUCCUUUGAAGACAACUCGGAUUAUGUUUAUGAUGUGAUGUGGUCUCCAACUCACCCUGCCUUGUUUGCCUGUGUGGAUGGGAUGGGCAGGCUUGACCUGUGGAAUCUCAACAAUGAUACUGAGGUGCCAACUGCAAGCAUUACUGUGGAGGGCAAUCCUGCUCUGAACCGUGUGAGAUGGACACAUUCUGGGAGAGAGAUUGCCGUAGGUGAUUCAGAGGGACAAAUAGUUAUUUAUGACGUGGGAGAGCAAAUUGCCGUUCCUCGCAGUGAUGAAUGGACUCGCUUUGGUCGAACACUGGCAGAAAUAAAUGCUAACAGAGCUGAUGCAGAAGAGGAAGCUGCAACCCGCAUACCGGCGUAGAUCUUUAAAAUAGGCGGCAGUGGUAAACUUGGGAAUGAUUUGAUGCAAAUCUCAAAAGUGUAAGCAUGCGUCAGUUCAAGUAAUAGCUUAAGGGAGGAAUAUAUGGAUUAAACUAUGGACUUUGAAAAUGUAUUAAGAUCACUGAAAAUCAGAUCUUGUAUUGUCACUUUUUAUAUAUAAAAUUACAAGCACAUUCUUGGGUUUGUGUAACUUUUAAUACAGUUAACUUUGACUUUGCAAGGAACUUCUUUUGCUGAAACACCAACUUGGUGUAAAUUUGCUACUGGGCUUCUGAAAUUUCCACUUUGUAACAGUAUCUAUUUCUGAAAAGUAAAACUUCUGUUUCUAAACUAAACUUUCUAUAUUACAAAAACCAACCUUCAUUAGCUAGUAAACCUUGAAGCAUUCUUUAAUUUGAACUCUUCAAAUUACCUAUGGAUAUGCAUGCGUAUGUUGUCUAUAUAUAGAUAAGCCUCAGGCUUUGGUAAUGGGUAAUAUAUGUGAAUAAAAAUUUGUCUGUAGUUACAAAGUUAUUUGAUAAUUGGACCUGAAUUAACAAAAUGCAUAUUUAAUACCAAGUUCUUUUGUUUGAAUUGGUGCACUGAAAGAUGAGACUGAUUCAUAAAUAAAUAUUACAUGAGC